AUGACACGAAAUGGACGCCCGACAUGGAGGCAGUUCGGGCGACAAUACACCCCAUACCGCACAUUGCCACCACGAGACGUGCCGAACACCCCGACCAAUGCCCAGACUCUCGCCCUCUUCGUCAAGAUUUGGAAUAAGGAAGAUGCCUACUCAGGUCAACCUUACGAUCUCCUUGACGAUAAGAUCAGGAACUUCCUAACCACCUGCCGUUCGGUUGAAGUCCCCGAGAGCCAGCUACACGCCUUUCUCCCCCGCGCCCUUACAGGUCGAGCAAAGACCUACUAUGACCUUUAUCUUGACCCAGACCUCACGUUCGCCGCCGCUUACCGACAACUUAAGCAACAUUUCGAUACCAACGUGAAUCUGGAGCAUUACCAUACGGACUGGUCAACUAUCACCUUCAACAGUGUCCGUAGCAAGCACAGUGACAAGGACCUCCACGCUGUGCUUGAUAUAAUGCUUGACAAGCUCCAAUUGUGUCAACGAGCGAUUGGGCCGGAAAUAGCUGGCGAAAGCAACCUCCGCAACGCAGUCAUCCGCGCUUGCCGUGGAACGCCUGAGCUCAACACCCAAUGGUAUACCGACCGCAAGUAUCAACAGAAUAGACCCCCCUUCCGCAACAAUAACAGCGCGAACCCCAAACGACAGCCGCAGAGAAAGAAGGUGUGCUUCAUCUGCGGCAAAGCUGGCUGUUGGUCUACCAAGCAUACCAUAGAAGAACGGAAACAAUCACGGAUGUAUUUCCUUAAUGCCCACAAUGCCUCCGACACGACCCCGGACUUCGCCAUGUUCCUCGCCGAAUUCGAAGGUCAUGAACUUGACGAGACCCCUGUCCCUGACUAUGAUACUGCCGAUGAAAUUGACGAUGAAGACCCAGCGAUUGGCUCGCUGUUCUUCACGCAAUCAUUCCUCGCAGAUUACGCUGUUUUACACCGUCUGACUAAGGAAGAUGCCUAUAGCGCUCCUCAAAAGGCCCCGGCACAACAAUUCCUUGUCGAUGACCGUUACACAACGCGUUAUCAGGGCAUCAUGCUCGACACAGGUGCUUCCGACGUUUCAACCGCUGGCCUAGACCAAUUCCAUGCCUGGCAGCGCGAAGACCACUGCGCUACCCUCGAUACCACCCGCGCAGGCCAGGCAGGCAUCUCCUUUGGAGAUGGACCCCGGAUUGUAUGUGCCGGGCAUGAUGAUAUUGAUGAGCAGUUUACCCUUAGAGACGACCGCGAGUUCAAUUUCGAGAUAACCGCGGAUGUAGUCCAAAUAGGCGGAAAGCCUGUGCUACACGUGAUCGACGAAGCCACAGCGUUCCAAGGCGCCAGGCAGGUGCCUAUCGAAGCCCACAACUCGAUUGGAAAGGUAGAAAGGCACACGGCCCUCCGCCGCGCCUACGAUAUCCUCCAAGCAGAGUUGGGCUCCAAGAACAAGCCCAAGACCGGCGUAGCCAACCUGUCAAAGAAGGAAGUUAAUCACUAUGAUCACGCUGUUCAAUUGCGCCGCGAAGGCCACAUCACCACACCAGGUGCCCCCUUUGAACAGUCCGAUACCCAAGAGAUUAACAACCUAAUCGCACAGGGUGUGUUUGAGUUCAUUCGUUUCGACCCCGUGGCCCACAAAGGCCAAAGACUCUUUAAAGCACGCAUGGUCCGCGAAGUUAAAGGACUCGGACCAACCACAAGGCCCUACGAGAAAUCCCGUCUCUCCAAAACCCCCCUGAAUCCAGAGUCAGGUCUCCAUUGGUUCGUGACAUAUUAUAGGCAUCAUCCCGCCGGCUUCGGCAUGGUCGCUAUGCAGACGGAUGACACCCUCCUCCUCGCCUCCCUGAGUUCGCGGCCGCAGAAGAAAGAGAGAUCCAGAAGGCUAAGCUCCGCUCGAAACCAAGGAGCCAGCUAUCGGCCGCGACUCCUCGAGUUUAAUGGUUGCACACUUCUAGCCGAAAAGACGACCUUAUCAUCCAGCAGAAGGGCCAAGGCCAGAACGCGCGCGCGAGCAUAUAUCGCAUCAAUCUGCCAGCCCGAGGCCACGUUCGACUACUCAGUCGCAGCACAAGUGCAGCAGCCGGAAGCCCCGGACUACAAGACCCUGAACAAGCGGAUACAAUGGCAGACCGACAACCUGCAACGAGGACUCCGCUAUGUUCCCUUGGCCUUUCGACUGCGAAGCUAA